GCGUGCGCAAACUCGUUUGCGUUCUUCAGCAGCUCGCCUCUAGUCGUGCAGCAGCCUCCGACGCACCGACUGCUGGUCGUCAUUCCUGUGCGGCGCGAAUGCUGCUCCUGGCGGUGCGACUCGAGCGCUCGUGCGACGUACUUCACCGCCCCGACGAGCACUACAACCGACCCGGCGCACGCAGGAGUAGACUACGUCGAGGCGCGUGGCGCAGUUUUGUUCGAGGUAGGGCAGCAGCGUGCCCAGCUUGCACGCGCGUUUGCGGUCGUACUCGAGGCACCCGCGAACGCGUCGACGCUGCUCCGUGCAUCGACUGAGAUCGUCGUGGAGCAGACGCAACCGUCCAAGAGUACAAGCGUU